CAACAUAUUGCAAUAUACCCCCUUUGUCUAUGCGCUGCUGCCAGGCAGCUCAAACAGCAUCAACAUUACAUUGCUUCUGCCGUGCCACCACCUUUUCCGGGCAUAUUACACGAAGAAGGAAAAGCGCAAUCAAGUUUGAAUGGUAAUUUUAUAUAGUAGCCAUACUAUAUAUCCAUACUACAUAGUAUAUAUCAAAAAGCAACAUCCUCGUAGCUAAGAAGAUGCGACUAUCCGCUGUUCUAGCCACCGUAGCACGCCCAGUAGCUUUUGUUGCUGCCCAACAAAGAGUGAUGAUCGCGCAUUCGACAAGCAUGAAAGUCGAGGAUGCGUCAGGUUCAAUGGCCUCUACGCCUGUUCUUGUCAACUCUACCGAUUCGCUUGCACCAUCUCCGAACCCCCUGACGACUGCAGCUCCCGAGAAACCCGCGCUGGAGAAAGCUUCCGUCAUGGGUCUAAUCGUCUUUUCGGCUGCUGGGUUAUAUCUACUAUGAACUGGAUUUGGGGUUACUAGGUCGGGUUAGUAUUUCACGGGCGUUCAGGGACACGAUCA